AUGGUGCUCAACAAUGCUCAACUCCAUCCUGCUGUUACCUUCUCCAACAAGGUAUUCAGAAAGGAUAACGAAUACUCUAGGUAUGUGCGUCGCUUCCGCGAUCGUGCAAUCUAUCCAUCCUUCACUAUCCAACCCUCUGCCUUUUCACGGUAUGAUCUGGAUAUUCCUGCCUUGAUUCGCAAUCUUGGUUGGAAAUCUUUGUUCGAAGAUCAACGUUUUACUUAUUGUCCGGAGGCUGUGAGAUUGUUCUAUGUCAAUCUCAAACGUGAGUCAGGACCAGAUCUCUAUUCGUUCAAAACUACUGUUGGUAACUUUGAGAUUACGGAUGAUCUUGUUCACGAUAUUGGCCGCUAUUUUCCCAAUUUGCACUUUGCUGGUCGUCUUCCUGAUGAUUUGUGCGUCCUGCACUUCUUCAUCACGAGGAUCCUUCUUCCGAGAUCCCUCUCGAGUGCGACUCUCCUUCAUACCUCCGAUCUCUCGAUCCUUCAUCAUGCCCGGUCAGGACGGCGUAUCAGCUAUGCGUCACUGGCAUUCUGUCACCUGGUCCAGUAUGGAGAUGACAACAAUGAUGGAUGGUUGCCUCUGGCGCCUCUUAUCACACAGUUGCUCCGAAAAUUGGGCAUCGAUCUUCGCGAUAAGAUCACUCUCUGCAAUGUUCAUGAUGAUCUGAAGGCUCAACAUGUCCUUGCUCGUUUAGAUGCCAGUGUUGGUCCCCGAAAGCCUUUCACUGGCUCAGGGGGAGAAGCUGCUACUUUGAUAAAAGCCUUGGUGUCUGCUGCAGAGGUCGUGAUCGAUCGAGAACUCAUUGGUUUUUCCAAUGAGUUUAAAGGGAAGCGCAAGAUACCUUUGACUUCUCUGGCCUCUCUAUCUACCCGGUUGAAACUACUCAAGGAUGGAGGGCGUGCAAGCACUUCCAGAAUCAGAGAGGAGGAUGAAGCUGUCGAAGAGCCUAAAGACAAUGCUGACAUCUCUGACUAUGACUCUCCUCCUCACUAUCCCUUCUAG